GCUCACUCUCUCCGUUGUUUGUGUGUGAAAACCGGCCAAAAAGGGGUCGCAGUUCUCGAUCGUCAUCCGUUCCAACCCAAACCCACCCAGCCAGCCAGCCACCCCUCCGACUCCAACAUGAGCAAGCUUCAACGGUGGCUGUCUCUCUUCGGCAUGGCCGAGUCGGUCGGUGCGACGGGCGCUUCGAGCCAGCUGCUGCCACGGAUUAUCGGCAUGGUCCAUGUGCCCGCGUUUCCAGGCACGCCGGCCUCCGCCAUGCCCAUGAAGACCAUUAUCGAGCGAUGCGUCACAGAUGCACGCGCCCUGAUUGCAGGCGGCGUCGACGGAUUGCUGGUCGAGAACGCAAAUGAUGUGCCGUAUGUGAACGCAUCUCGGCACCCACUGGGACCCGAAAUUGUUGCUGGAAUGACUGCCGUUGUCGCCGCGAUCAAGGGCGAUGCUUCGUACAAGCGAACGGCUGCACGACCAUUGCCGAUCGGCAUUCAGGUACUGGCAGCCGCAAACAAGGAGGCUCUGGCGGUUGCGCUUGCGACAGACUGCCAGUUUAUUCGCGCCGAAGGGUUUGUCUUUGGCUCGGUUGCCGACGAAGGAUACAUUGAUGCCUCGGCACCCGAGCUCCUCCGUGCUCGCAAGAUGCUGGGGGCCUCGGACAUUCAAGUCCUGACUGAUAUAAAAAAGAAGCACUCCUCCCAUGCAAUCACGGCAGACUUGAGUGACGCAGACACGGUCGAAGCGGCUCGGUUUUUCAACAUUGACGGCGUCAUUCUCUCUGGCAAGACCACUGGCCACGCAACCGAGCCGGCUCGCGUCGCAGAUGCUGUCCGUCGCUUUUCCACCACGACUCUCGGCGCUCAGGCCACGGAGCUUCUUCCUGUGCUCGUUGGGUCUGGCGUGACCUCUGAAAACAUUGCCGGGUACAGCCACGCGCACACGCUGAUUGUUGGCACCACUUUCCGAGUCAACGGCCUCUUGAGUGCACCGAUUGACGAGGCAGCCGUCCGACGUCUGAUCCAAGCUCGCGAUGCGAUUCGGCGGUAAUUUUUUUGUUGGUUUGUUGUUUAGACUGGCAAGCCCCUCUGAUUCACAAAUACACGUUCGGCAUUAAAAAAAACAAA